AUUCCGUAGAACAACAACGCAACCGUUUCUCCCUCGCGUAUCUCACCGUUGACGGCGAUUCUCUCUCUCUCUCGCGCGCGUGAUCAGACUGAGUCUGGGAUUGUUGAUUGAAUGAGUGAUUGAACAUUGUUGAUUUUAUUCCUAUUCAUACUUCGUUUUUUCUUCUUAGUUUAACAUCCUCAUUGGAAUGAGUGAUUGAACAUCCUCACUGCAGAAAAAGGAAGAGUUAGAAUUUGCUUUCUCUUUCUCGAUCCCUCUCUCUCAAAAUCGCUGUUCCUCUCUCACCCACCGCCACCGGCCGCCGCUCUCUCACUGCUCUCAAUCUCUCUCCCUCACCUCGCCGUAACGCCGUUCAAUCUUCCGCCGCAGCCGCACCACUGCUCAGCUCACCGCGCCGCACCGCACUCACUCUUUCUCUUCGUCUCGUUUCAGAAACAACUUUGUCUUUUAAAUAUUAUUGUAUCUAGAAAUUUGGUUGAUAAAAUUCCCUCCAAAAUUUUGCCUAGGCUCUCUAAUAUUACUGGAAUCGCCACUGAUUGGAAGGAAUAUCAUGGAUUCAAAGCCUUCAAAAGGAAGAAAGGUAAAAUUUCAACCUAAAAUUCCACCUCGUAGAGUGCCAAAGAUAGAAGUUAAAAGUGAAGUGGUUGAGGAGGAUAUUAAAGACACAUCAGCAAAGGCUAGCGAAAUCCUUCGAAAUCUCGAAGAGAAUAAGGCAAGGAUGAAGGUUGAGAAGAAAGUGUUAGCUUCACGUGUUGGUGGUGGUUUUGGUUCUGGUGCCCAAUCAACUUCUUUCAAAUCAUAUGCUUUUCACAAAAGCGAGAGCAAGACCAACGGCGGUGAAAAUUCAGCAUUUGAUGGUGCAAAUGUGAAAGAAUACAAAGAACCAUGGGACCUUUACAGUGACUAUCCAUUAGUUCUUCCCUUGAGGAAACCAUAUUCAGGCAACCCAGAAUAUCUUAAUGAGGAGGAAUUUGGGGAGGCUGCAGAAUCCAGAGCUUAUGAUGAAAGCAAGGCAAAUUCAGCAAUAGAGCUUGGCCUUUUGGAGGAAAACCCAGAGGCAAGUGCAUUCUUCAUGAAAUUACCACCAGUUAUUCCCAUGCUUAAAAAGGUUCAAGAUGUUAAGGAGAACGUUAAGCGUCCUGGAGGUCCUAGAGGUGCUGCGAAGCUCGUCAGGUUGAACGAAUUGCCAGCUGGCUUUAUUGGCAAAAUGCUUGUGUAUAAGAGUGGUAAAGUUAAGCUGAAACUUGGAGACACUCUUUAUGAUGUUUCGUCGGGUAUGAAUUGUACAUUUUCUCAAGAGUUGGUUGCGAUGAAUGCUGCUGAAAAGCAUUGUUGCGCAAUUGGGGAGAUCAACGCGCUUGCUACUGUAACCCCCGACAUAGAUGCUGCGCUUGAUUGUCUUAGUGAUUUAGAUUUAUAAGAGUUUUCUUUAAAUUCAUGAAAUUGUUGAAGUUAGAUAUUCUUAAACAAUAAAUAGAGAUGGAAAAAUAGAAAUCAGUUAUGUUUUUUAUUUCAUUGAACAUGAACAAAGAUGACAAUUUUUAACGAGGAAAGAUAAUAGUUUUUACUUGGGGUGGUGGAAGGAAAAUAGAAAAAUGAUUGACUAUGUUUUUAAUUUGGAGUAGAGAUCCUCUUCAUUUCUUAAAACUUUAAAGGAAGGAGAUGAUACAAUACAAUACUUUGAGAAUACAAGAAUGAAAUCUUUAUGUAA